AAACUUGCCUGCACCAACCCAGCUGUUCUCCCACAGGAAACAUUCCAGCAUCCCAUGGGCAGAUUCAGUCUUUUCAGGGGCCAAUCACAGUGUGGCUGUGACAGAGUUGCGCCAUGCAGUCUCUGGGCUCUGAGCUCAACUCUGGCUGGACAAGUGGGGAGCUGCGACAGACGCACACACAAGUGCAACUGCGGCACAAGUCGCACUUGCAGGCUGACUGAUGGGAGCUCAGUGGUGAUCAGCUGCACAAACUUUUUCCUGCUUUCUUGUCGGAUCUUUAAAGAAAAAAAAAAACCAAUCAGCCGGAUGCGUCCAGCGCAGAUCAAUACAAUCCGAAAAUUAAAUGGGACAACAAAAAUCGCGAGAACUUGAAUCGCUCCGGUUCAGUUUUGCCAACUUUGUGUACUAGACCAUCCGAUCCGCCUCAGUCCGCGCGGGAGCAGCAGCAUUAGCAGCAGAGGAGGAGGAGGAGGCUGGAUGUGGCAGCAGGAGACGGGUCACUGAGCUGCAGCGAGCCGGGUGCGAGUUUCUCCAGUCACCAACUCUCCAAUGUCACCGGACAGGAUGCUGAUCAUUGGACUUCUGCUCAAUGUCUUCUCUCAUGGUAGUGUGCCAGUAUCUGCGUCCUUAGACUGUCUGGUGGCGGAGCAGGGCUGCAUCCAGGAGCAGUCCUGCAUGGUCAUCUAUCGCCUGCUGGAAUACUGUGCUGCCGAGGAGGCCGUGUCUCCCCUCGGCCCAGAUGCCCGCCUGGAGUGCCUGGAGGCCCAGAACUCCUUGCAGCAUUAUCGCCCCCUUCAAGUUUGCAAGUGUCAGCGUGGCUCUCGCAGGGAGGAACACUGCCUCAGGGUUUAUUGGACUGUGAGAUUUGCAGCAUAUGAUGAAUAUGACGUGUCUCCAUACGAGGAACUGGAGUUAAAUCUGGUGAGAAACAUAGAGAUGUCCCGUAUGGCCUCCAUCAUGGCAGCUUCCACCCUUUCUGUGGAUGGCCAAAACCAGUGUCUGAAGGCGGCUCAGGACUGUGGCCUCUAUGAGAAAUGUGGCUCCCUGCGGUCAGAAUAUGUCGUAGCCUGCACCAAGCGAGCAACAGCCUCUGACAACAGCUGUAACCGCCAGAAAUGCCACAAAGCCCUGCGGCGCUUCCUGGAGCGUGUGCCAGAGGAGUACAGCUUUGCUUUGCUCUUCUGUCCCUGCUCUGACACUCUGUGUGGGGAGCGCCGGAGGAAAACCAUCGUCCCGUCAUGUUCUUAUGAGGAGAGCGCGAGAGGGGAGGAAAGAGUGGGCAAACCCAACUGCCUCAGCCUGCAGAACUACUGCUCCAGAGACGAGCUGUGUAGAUCCCGAUUUGCUGAUUUCCAGCACAACUGCCAGCCCUCGCCUCUCUCUGCCUCUGGCUGUAUGCGAGAGAGCAGAGCCAUGUGCCUGAAGGCCUAUGCUGGACUCAUAGGAACCAUCAUGACUCCCAACUAUGUGAGCAACAGCAGCACAGAGGUGUCCCAGUGGUGCACAUGUGAAGGCAGCGGCAACGAAUGGCAGGGAUGUCAGCGCAUCCUGCACAUGUUCAGCAGCAACAUAUGCCUGCGCAAUGCCAUCAGCUCCAUGGGAAUCUCCGCACCUCCUCCUGUGGAAAACACUCCAGUGCCAGCUUCUCAGCCCUCCCCACGCAUCUACCAGGAGACGGUCCAUGUCAGUGUUAACACUCUCCCUGAAUUCAACAGUAUGGAGGACAGCGAGGAAGAGGAACAGGAGGAGGAAGCGAGCGAGGAGUUCAACGUCAUCCCGCCGUAUUCUGAGAAGGACUCGAACAUGGAAUCGGGUGCCAGAGGGAGUCAGCAAGGAGCAGCCAGCCAAGCAGUGCCCAUGUUCCCAUUACUGCUGCUGCCUACACUCAUGUUAGACUGGGAGUGCUGGAGCUACUGAAGCCUCCUGCUCCUUCUCUGCUUACAUUUUACAUUUGUCAAAUCCAUGUCAGCGCCCAGAAUGAACCACAGCAGACGGUUGUGAAGAAGAAAUGUAAAUGCUCAUAACAUUUUUCUUUAAAAAAAAAAAAAAAAAAAUCCUGCCUUUAUUUUAUAAUUAUGUUUUUUCCUCUUGAGCCUGUUCAGGAGUUGAAAGAUAUCAGUAGCUCUGCAGUAUCUACCUUGUCUUUGCUCGAGUCAUCUAUGAAAGGAAGGAAACAACGUGAGCAGAUACAUGAGUGGACGGGUGAUUUGAGAAGUGCUGUCUGGGCAAAUACUCUAUCUAGAGCCUGCUUCACACUCAAAGUGCAUCCCCUCCUUUAACAAGAAGCACAUCGCCCAAGGCCACAUACACUAUACGUGCUCCCAAAAACCAUAACCAGUCUGCUCCACUGCAACCAGGCAUGAGCGCAGCUUUUGAUUUGUAUUUCAUGACUCAUGUCACAUCCGUUUCUCUGCUGCCCCUUCGGCUUUUCCUCUCCUUCCUUCAUACUGUGGUUGAGUAAGAUGAUCCACUUUGCAACAAGCUAAUAAGAACCUGCACCGCACUUAAACUGCUUUGUGCCAUUAAAUAAAAAGGAACCCCUUUUUGAAGUUGCUUCAUUUACAAAGUGAUAAGAUGUGAACCGGUGUGUUGUCACAUUAGGUAUGGUUCUUCUCACUUUGUUCAGCAAGGAAGUAGAAAGCAACAGUCACUCUGCUCUCCUUCUUCUGUUAACAUGCCACUUAGUAUUAUUCCUACCACAGUGAGUGGCUGAGAAUUCUACCACAGGCAAAAGUAAUGAGAUCAAAUUCUAUUGUAAAAAUGACGAGGAGAGAAAAGCAACAUAAGCAAUUACAGCACAAUUCAAAUUGCUCAGCAUGCAGGGGAAGUCUGGAGUAAAGCUCAGGGGAGGAAAAAGCCAAUUUACUGCUGUCAUAGCCUCUCACUUCUUUCUUUAUCCCUAGGAGAUGUGUUUUUAGUGCUGCUCCCCCAUCAUGUACUUCAGAUGUGAGAGCAAGAUGCGGCGAUAGCGACGGACACAGGAGGCUGUAAAGCCUGCUGGCUGCUCUGAUCAUUGAGCAGCACAUUGAGCCAUUCUCUCUGCCUGAAAUAUCUUUUGCUGAUGUUAAUGAUUUUUUCUCUUAUGGCUCAUUUUCUUGCGAAAUUAUGCAGCUGCAGGGAUGUAGGUAAAGAGAAGUAUAGAAAAGUUUUUUAGAGGGAUAAACUUGAUGAGUUUGUAAGAACUAACGAGUAUGAACUCUGCAAGGAAAAAUUUGAAAUUGCUUCCUGUGUCUAAUGACACAAAGUACUAUACUAUUGAUUCAUUGUAGGUAUACAUUCAUGUUUAUUUAAAAAGACAUCACUGUAUGUAAUUGAAGAAUUGCAGCUAUAGAUGACCCCAAACAGCGUUCCAAACAGAUUUUACAAAAUCAAUUGGCGAACUUACAUGACCCAUUUUUCUGCUCCACUACUGGCCUUGCUUACAUGAUGGUUUAUUCACUGAACUUUGGAUACGGAUCGAUAGUUUAAAGGCAGAAAUGCUUUGGCAGCAGAUGAAACCGUUUCCCUGAGAACAGGUCUUUCCUCUACUUCAAAGUUUAUAGAAGCCAUAGUUGGACUUUGACUGGAUGUUGUAAGAUUAGUAAACCUGCAGUGACUGUUACCCACUUUAGGGCAAAAUGACAUCAUGCAGGUUUUUGACCACAUUCUGGUUGAGAGAAACCAAGAGAUGGAAGAGGAAAAAGGUGAGCUAGCAAAGCUCUGAAGUGUGACAGCAAGCUCAGUUGGUGCAAAGAAAACAUAUUUGGACUGAAUAAUUGAAGUAAAAAGCCUGACUGGACAUCCAGCUGGUUUUCAAAUUUAUAAACCGUACCGUAGAAAAGACACGGCGCUAAAUAAACACUUUGAUUAAACAUUACGGCAUCACAGUGCAGCCUCAGCGGUGCUGCUAAUUCAAAUCUCUCCGCUGCAGUGAGUUUUAAAGCAUCUGACGAACAGCAUCCAGUGACAAGUGUCAGUAACUGCAUCCAGUGUGCUCUGGCCUUAAUACUUAAUGUGAGUUUACAUGUCUUUUUACUUUUCAGUAAGUUUGUUUAUAUUUGUAAACUAUGUAAAGUUAACAUUUACAUCAAAUGUUGUUUUUAUUUUUUAAGGAUUUAAAGAAAAGCUUAAUCACCAUCCAUAAAUCAAAUUCCUUAAGAAAAUAUGUGAAUAUUUGCCAAGUUAGAAAAGUUUGUAGGUUAUCUCAUGAAAGUUGUGAGACUAUGUACAGUACGAUUUCACAUAGUAAUCUUCUUGUAAAAACAUAUCAAACAUGCCAAAUAAUUCUAACUAUGAUGUGUAUUAAUUGUGUACUUUUGUGACAUAGCAGAAAGUGUGCCAAUUUGUUAAAAGAAUAAAAGUCACAUUGGAAAUUUU